AUGCUGACUUGUGCUCCACUGUGUUUGCUUGCUGGUUUCUGGCUGCUUCCAAUCAGCUCCCAGAAGGUGAGUGGGUCACUCCAACCAAGGGAAUCCAGCAACCAGACCAUCCCACUGAGCAUGAUGGAAAACGCUGUGGAUGACAUGUACGACGGCUGCAUGCCAAAGAUGGAAGAAAUGGUCAGGGAGAAAUACUUUAAAGAAGAAACCAGGCCCAACAGUACAUUUGCAAAGGCCUGGAAAAAAGCAGAGAGUUGUGCAGAGAAAAAUCACAAAGAUAAAAAAAAUGACACAGAUGUGGCAUUAACUAAGAAUCACAUGCAAGCAAUCUGUGUAUAUACAGGUGGUCAUUCAAGGAUUUAUGACGUAUUCAAUGAAGCCGUCAGGACAAACAGAACAAUCUAUGGUACCUCCUUUCCAUUCCACUCCUUACACUUCUGGCUGACAUCUGCUAUACAGAUCCUCAAUAACAAUACAUGUCAUGUUACUUACCGCAGAACCAAUGUUACGUUUACUGGCUCUGUCAACCAAACAAUCCGUUUUGGUACCUUUGCCUCCAGCUCAUUAUUAACAAACUUGACACGCUUUGGUCAUGAGACCUGCUUUAAAAUUAAGACCUGCUUAGGUGCCUACUUGAAAGACUAUCCAAGCCUAAAAAAGUAUGAGCAAGAGGUGCUCAUCCCUCCCUAUGAGACGUUCAUUAUAACUGGGAAAACUAAACGUCCUGUCGGUUCACUUAAAUGUAGAGUUGUCUAUUUCUUGGAGGGUGUAGGAUGGCAAAGCAAUCUAAACUGCAGUGCUACCGGAAAUUCUGGACACUCACGUCUGGCUGUUUGAUGGGACAAACUGAAAGCUGGCAGCUAAUCGCUAACGCGUGGAACAAAAUGAAAAGCAAAUUUGGAAAAAAGCAUACAAAGCAAACCAAGAAAUACUAAUAAUAUCGCAAGUCAUUACAAUAUUUACAAGUAUUCUCUGCAAACCCUAAACUUACUAAUGAGCUUCC